AUGCACAGAGCGGCGGCCGCCCCGCAGGUAGCAACAUGGCGCGCCGCGCCCGGGCCGCCGCCUGAGCAUCCUCCCUCUCGCCUCCCUUCAUCCCUCCCUCCCGCCGCCGCCGCCUCCGCCUCCCGCCGCCGGGCUGCCGCAGAGGGGCCGCCCGCCCGCGCCCUGCGCCAUGGCAGCCUCCGAGCUCUACACGAAGUAUGCCAGGGUUUGGAUCCCUGAUCCAGAGGAGGUCUGGAAGUCAGCAGAACUUCUCAAAGACUAUAAACCUGGAGAUAAAGUCCUCCAGCUUCGACUUGAAGAAGGCAAGGACCUAGAAUAUUGCCUAGAUCAGAAGACAAAGGAACUCCCGCCCUUGCGAAACCCUGACAUACUUGUUGGUGAAAAUGACCUCACAGCACUCAGUUAUCUCCAUGAACCUGCGGUUUUACAUAACCUCAAAGUUCGAUUCAUAGACUCUAAACUAAUCUAUACCUAUUGUGGUAUUGUCUUAGUGGCCAUAAAUCCUUAUGAACAACUGCCUAUCUAUGGCGAAGAUAUCAUCAAUGCAUACAGUGGCCAAAAUAUGGGGGAUAUGGAUCCACAUAUCUUUGCGGUGGCUGAAGAAGCGUAUAAGCAGAUGGCCAGAGAUGAGCGAAAUCAGUCAAUCAUUGUCAGUGGGGAAUCUGGGGCUGGAAAGACUGUCUCUGCAAAGUAUGCCAUGAGGUACUUUGCCACGGUCAGUGGAUCUGCCAGUGAAGCCAAUGUUGAGGAGAAAGUCUUGGCCUCCAACCCCAUCAUGGAGUCUAUUGGAAAUGCUAAAACUACAAGGAAUGACAACAGCAGUCGUUUUGGGAAAUACAUUGAAAUUGGUUUUGAUAAGAGGUAUCGAAUCAUUGGUGCUAACAUGAGAACUUACCUGUUGGAAAAAUCAAGAGUGGUGUUUCAGGCAGAAGAGGAAAGAAAUUAUCACAUCUUUUACCAACUUUGUGCCUCUGCAGCAUUACCUGAGUUUAAAACUCUACGAUUAGGGAAUGCAAAUUACUUUCACUAUACGAAGCAAGGUGGAAGCCCUGUGAUUGAUGGUGUCGAUGAUGCUAAGGAAAUGGUAAACACCAGGCAGGCCUGCACUCUGCUAGGCAUUAGUGAUUCCUACCAGAUGGGGAUUUAUCAAAUCCUUGCUGGCAUCCUUCACUUGGGCAACGUGGAGUUUGCAUCUCGGGAUUCUGACAGCUGCAUUAUUCCUCCCAAGCAUGAACCCCUCACCAUCUUCUGUGACCUCAUGGGUGUGGAGUAUGAAGAGAUGGCCCACUGGCUUUGCCAUAGGAAGCUUGCAACUGCCACCGAAACCUACAUCAAGCCAAUUUCUAAACUUCAUGCCAUCAACGCCAGAGAUGCACUUGCCAAACAUAUCUAUGCUAAUCUCUUUAACUGGAUUGUAGAUCACGUGAACAAAGCCCUUCAUGCUACUGUAAAACAGCAUUCUUUCAUUGGAGUGUUGGACAUUUAUGGAUUUGAGACAUUUGAAAUCAACAGCUUUGAACAGUUCUGUAUCAACUAUGCCAAUGAAAAACUGCAGCAGCAGUUCAAUAUGCAUGUCUUUAAGCUAGAACAAGAAGAAUAUAUGAAGGAACAAAUACCAUGGACCUUGAUUGAUUUCUACGACAAUCAGCCUUGCAUCAACCUCAUAGAGGCCAAAAUGGGAAUUCUGGAUCUGUUGGAUGAGGAGUGCAAGAUGCCAAAAGGCUCGGAUGACACUUGGGCCCAAAAACUGUACAAUACUCAUUUGAAUAAAUGUGCCCUCUUCGAAAAACCACGUUUGUCAAAUAAGGCUUUUAUCAUCAAGCACUUUGCUGACAAGGUGGAAUAUCAAUGUGAAGGCUUUUUGGAAAAGAAUAAAGACACAGUUUAUGAAGAACAAAUUAAGGUCCUAAAAUCAAGUAAGAAGUUUAAGCUGCUACCAGAGUUGUUCCAGGAUGAGGAGAAGGCCAUCAGUCCCACGUCAGCAACCCCUUCAGGGCGUGUGCCCUUGUCUCGAACGGCUGUCAAACCAGCCAAGGCCAGGCCAGGUCAAGCCAGCAAGGAGCAUAAGAAAACUGUGGGACAUCAGUUUCGAAACUCUCUCCACCUGCUGAUGGAAACCCUGAAUGCUACAACUCCACACUACGUGCGCUGUAUUAAGCCCAACGACUUCAAGUUCCCGUUCACAUUCGAUGAAAAGCGGGCAGUGCAGCAGCUGAGAGCUUGUGGUGUCCUGGAGACCAUCCGAAUCAGUGCAGCUGGCUUCCCGUCCAGGUGGACGUACCAAGAGUUCUUCAGCCGUUACCGUGUUCUGAUGAAGCAGAGAGAUGUCCUUGGUGACCGAAAGCAGACAUGUAAAAAUGUCCUGGAGAAGCUGAUUCUGGACAAGGAUAAGUACCAGUUUGGUAAGACAAAAAUAUUUUUCCGGGCUGGUCAAGUAGCCUAUCUGGAAAAAAUAAGGGCAGAUAAGUUGAGAGCUGCCUGUAUCCGCAUCCAAAAGACAAUCCGAGGCUGGCUGAUGCGCAAGAAGUACGUGCGUAUGAGGAAGGCUGCCAUCACCAUUCAGAGAUAUGUCAGAGGGUACCAAGCACGAUGCUAUGCCAAUUUCCUACGGAGAACGCGGGCUGCCAUCACUAUUCAGAAGUUCCAGCGCAUGUAUGUGGUCCACAAAAGAUACCAAUGCAUGCGAGCUGCUACUAUUGCUCUUCAGGCUCUCUUGAGAGGUUACAUGGCCAGGAACAAGUACCAAAUGAUGCUCCGGGAGCACAAGUCUAUUAUUAUUCAGAAACAUGUAAGAGGCUGGCUGGCUCGAGUGCACUACCAUAGGACCUUGAAGGCAAUUGUUUACUUGCAAUGCUGUUACCGGCGCAUGAUGGCUAAGAGGGAGCUAAAGAAACUGAAGAUAGAGGCCCGGUCUGUAGAACGUUACAAGAAGCUUCACAUUGGCUUGGAGAACAAGAUCAUGCAGCUGCAGCGAAAAAUUGAUGAGCAGAACAAAGAGUACAAAUCUCUGAUGGAGAAGCUGAGCAACCUGGAGAUCACAUACAGUACAGAGACAGAGAAGCUGAGGAGUGAUGUGGAAAGGCUUCGGAUGAGUGAGGAAGAGGCUAAGAACGCAGCCAACCGUGUCCUCAGCCUUCAGGAGGAGAUUGCCAAGCUCCGGAAGGAGCUGCACCAAACUCAGUCUGAGAAGAAGACCAUUGAGGAAUGGGCAGACAAGUACAAGCACGAGACUGAGCAGCUGGUAUCAGAGCUGAAAGAGCAGAACACAUUACUGAAAACAGAAAAGGAGGAGCUGAACCGCCGCAUCCAUGACCAGGCGAGGGAAAUAACAGAGACAAUGGAAAAGAAGCUAGUGGAGGAAACAAAACAACUAGAGCUAGAUCUGAAUGAUGAGCGGUUACGGUACCAGAACCUGCUGAAUGAGUUCAGCCGUUUGGAGGAGCGAUACGAUGACCUUAAGGAUGAAAUGAACUUAAUGGUGAGCAUCCCCAAGCCUGGACACAAAAGAACGGAUUCAACUCACAGUAGCAAUGAAUCUGAAUAUACUUUUAGCUCUGAGAUCACAGAAGCAGAAGACUUACCAGUGAGGAUGGAGCAGGAACCAAGUGAGAAAAAGGCACCAUUGGACAUGUCUCUGUUCCUCAAGCUGCAGAAACGGGUUACAGAGCUGGAGCAAGAAAAGCAAUCCCUGCAGGAUGAACUGGACAGAAAGGAAGAGCAGGCUCUCCGUGCUAAAGCUAAGGAGGAGGAAAGGCCUCCAAUGAGAGGUGCAGAGUUGGAGUAUGAAUCUCUCAAGCGUCAAGAGCUUGAAUCUGAGAAUAAAAAACUGAAGAAUGAGUUGAAUGAGCUGCAGAAGGCCCUCACAGAAACACGAUCGCCAGAGGUAACUGCUCCUGGUGCCCCUGCCUAUAGAGUCCUCCUGGACCAGCUGACUUCAGUAAGUGAAGAGCUUGAAGUACGCAAGGAAGAAGUCCUCAUCCUGAGGUCUCAGCUUGUUAGCCAGAAAGAGGCUAUUCAACCCAAGGAGGAUAAGAAUACCAUGACAGAUUCUACAAUCCUCUUGGAGGAUGUACAAAAGAUGAAAGACAAAGGAGAAAUAGCACAGGCGUAUAUUGGACUGAAAGAAACAAACAGGCUGCUGGAGUCUCAGCUUCAGUCGCAGAAGAAGAGCCACGAGAACGAACUGGAAUCACUGCGAGGUGAGAUCCAAAGUCUGAAGGAGGAAAACAAUCGCCAGCAGCAGCUCCUAGCACAGAAUCUGCAGCUGCCUCCAGAGGCCCGCAUUGAAGCCAGUCUACAACAUGAGAUCACCCGGCUGACUAAUGAGAACUUGGAUUUAAUGGAGCAGCUUGAAAAGCAAGACAAAACUGUUCGCAAGUUAAAGAAACAGUUGAAAGUAUUUGCUAAGAAGAUUGGUGAACUUGAAGUGGGCCAGAUGGAGAACAUAUCCCCUGGACAAAUCAUUGACGAGCCUAUUCGUCCGGUUAACAUUCCACGGAAAGAAAAGGACUUCCAAGGGAUGUUAGAAUAUAAGAAGGAGGACGAACAAAAGCUUGUCAAGAAUCUUAUUUUAGAGCUGAAACCACGUGGGGUAGCUGUCAACCUGAUUCCAGGACUACCAGCAUAUAUUUUGUUCAUGUGUGUGCGCCAUGCAGAUUACCUUAAUGAUGACCAAAAAGUGCGGUCGUUGUUGACUUCUACCAUCAAUGGCAUCAAAAAAGUGUUGAAGAAAAGAGGUGAUGACUUUGAAACAGUGUCCUUCUGGCUAUCUAACACCUGCCGAUUUUUGCACUGUUUGAAGCAAUACAGCGGAGAGGAGGGAUUUAUGAAGCAUAAUACACCUCGUCAGAAUGAACACUGCCUCACUAAUUUCGAUCUAGCUGAAUACAGACAAGUACUGAGUGACUUGGCUAUUCAGAUCUACCAACAACUCGUCCGAGUGUUGGAAAACAUUCUGCAACCCAUGAUUGUUUCAGGAAUGUUGGAGCAUGAGACGAUCCAAGGUGUCUCAGGGGUGAAACCAACAGGGUUGCGGAAGAGAACAUCCAGCAUUGCUGAUGAAGGAACCUACACUUUGGACUCCAUUAUUCGGCAGCUGAACUCCUUCCAUUCAGUGAUGUGUCAGCAUGGAAUGGAUCCAGAGCUGAUCAAGCAGGUUGUCAAGCAGAUGUUCUACAUCAUUGGGGCCAUAACGCUUAAUAAUCUUCUCCUGCGCAAAGACAUGUGCUCGUGGAGCAAAGGAAUGCAGAUAAGAUACAAUGUGAGUCAACUAGAAGAAUGGCUACGAGAUAAAAAUCUGAUGAAUAGUGGGGCUAAAGAAACCCUGGAACCCCUCAUCCAGGCUGCACAGUUGUUGCAAGUAAAAAAGAAAACGGAUGAGGAUGCUGAAGCCAUUUGUUCAAUGUGCAAUGCACUUACUACUGCCCAGAUUGUAAAAGUUCUGAAUUUGUAUACUCCAGUUAACGAGUUUGAAGAGAGAGUCUUGGUAUCGUUUAUACGUACAAUACAGAUGCGUCUGCGAGACAGGAAGGACUCUCCUCAGUUGCUCAUGGAUGCUAAACACAUCUUCCCUGUUACUUUUCCAUUUAAUCCAUCCUCUCUGGCAUUAGAAACCAUUCAGAUCCCAGCCAGCUUGGGCCUGGGCUUCAUAUCACGUGUCUGAUCUCAAGGAUGUACUGUCAGUGUUAGAUGGAGAAUCAGUUGCCUCAUAUCUGUACCCAUUAAAACAUAGUGAGCCACUGAAAACACAUUUUCUGAACAUUCUAUAUGUAUGCCCAGAUCUGUAGUACAAGUAACCGGAAAACUACAUAACAGCACAACAGAUUGGAGGCUAAUAGAAAGAUGUGCAUUUGUGUUCAGUCAUUGCAUUUAUGAGGACAUCACCGAUUCAUGCAUUUCCUGAACAUGGAAAUCGGGCUUGGACUAAAAUUGUGUCUUCAGCUGUCUAGAGACAUUUUUAGAUCUUAAGUAACAUAUUUAAAUAGUGUAAAUUAAACUCCAUAUGUAAUCUUCUCAUAGGCAGGGAUCAACAGGGACAGCCCUGAACAUGGAAGACUUGAAAGUAAGGCAUUUUGUAGUAGAAUACAGAGUCACUUGGGAGCCUGUUACAUUUAAUUUGUGAAAACUGGAGUAGAGAAACACAAACUGGCAAUAUAGAAAAUGCUUUCUUGAACCACUUAUUUAUGUCAGUUUGACAUGAAUUCUAGUGAUAAGUCUUAUAGCUCACUAUAUGCUAUAACUUAGGUGUUCAUUUUUUAGCACUGUGGUUUACCAAGCAUACUAAAUCGCUGCUGCAUAUUGUGUUCUUUUAAAUGUACAACAGUAUCAUACUAAGCACUAAAAAUAAGAUAUUUCAUUUUUUAUUGUCAGCCUUAUUUACAGUCUGAUGCAGUCUGUUAUUUUAACUGGAUUUUUGCAAAUGGUAUCAAAUAACACCUAUAGAGGAAAAUGGUAACUAAGCACAAGUAGCACACUGGAAAUUACAUGUUUAGUUAUUUUUAAAAGUAGUUAGCUAAAAAUACACAAUCUUGAAGCAAAUGAUCAGAAGUCAAUAAUGAUUUUAGUAUUUAUUUAGAUUUUGUAGUCUGUCUAAUGUUCUCUGUUUGUAGACCCCAGAGAUGACAGCUUGUAUUUUGAGUGUAAUCCCUUUUGGUUUGGUGCCACUUCAAAAAAAAAAAAAAAAAAAAGAAAAAAGAAAGAAAAGAAAAAAAAGGGAAAAAAAAAAGUAUUCCUUCAUACUGGAAUUUGAGAGGAAAAACUUUAAUAGAAAAUUUUUGCAGUAGCCCAAGGCUCUCAUUCUUUGAAAGGUUGACAAUAAUGUUAAGUAGGUUUUGACUAUGAUGCUGUCAUUUGACUAUGAUUCAUGCUGAUUUAAUGGUUGGAGAUCCAGAGUGCCAUUCAAUAAUGAGAAACUGAGUUAUUUUGGAUAUUGCACAUCUUACUGGAAAGGUUCUUCUGUCUCACAUGUCUUCACAAUAAAAUUCACAUUUCACGAUGUGCAACAGCCCUGCUAAGGUUUCAGUUCUGAACUUUAAAACAGGUAGUUUGUGGUGUAUGGCUCAAAUAUACACGUAAAAAAAAGCCACACACCUUGUUUAAUUGCAUUGUGCAAUAUCUUUUAUGUAUUAUAAUAAUUAGUAUCUUAGCACUAACAUUGGUUUCUUUUAAAAUAUUGAGAAAUAAUCUAGAGGUACACUAUUAGACUAUUUGGUACUAAUCUGUUUGCCUGCAAACUCAGAAAAAAACCUUGCUGUUAAGCAGACUGAAACAUUUCAGUUAUGUUUUAUUGAGAAGUAAACAUGCUGUUUGUAAGGUUGCUAAAAUCGGUAGUACAGACAACCCAAACUUUGUCACUAUCAUUUUAAGAUGCUCGUGUCAUCUUACUUUCAAAUGUGUAUGCCCCAUAUUAUGUUUGAUGGAUCAUGCCAGUACUUCCAAGAAUCUAAUACUGUAUUGCAUAACUGUUUUGAAUGAUCUUUGCUAAAUGAGUUGGAUUGUUUUCCUGUGCAUGGUAUACCAAACACUCUUUUUUCCAAUGUUACUUGAUUCCCGAAACUACAGCUACUACUGUUAAGUGGCUCCAGAUAAGGUAUAAUGUAAUUUUCAGACUGUUAGGGGUACUGUACUUGUGAGAAUGUAAUGGGAAAGCCUUCACAUCCAGUAAUGAGGUUAGGAAAGAAAAUACCUGAGAACAUGCUGACCUAUAAAUUUUUUCUCCUAUUGAAAACCAAACAAUUGGCAUUGCAGUAUGUUCAUACUAUAGAUCGGGAAAUGUAUCCACUACUUAAGCAUUAGUGUUUAAAAUGUAUGCCUAAAUGUAUUUUUGUUUGAUUUUUAAGUUUGUUUACCUGUAAAAAGCCUUAUUGUAUCUUGUUUCCUUAAAAAAAAAAAAGUAGUGUUUAGUAAUUUAUAGGUAUUAUCCUUAAACUCAGUGGUUUGACUGGUAUUACUUUUAUAUCACAUUAAAAGUAUAUGCUGCUUGACAUGUUUUAAAGGAAAAUAUUUUUAAGUUGGAAGAGAUGUGUAGUUGGUAACUCACCUAACAUUUUACAUGGCAGUAUUUUACAUGCACUUUUCAGAAGUAAAAUUUUAGUGUCAGUGUAUAAUAUAUCUUUCACCUUAGGACUAAUAUCUCUUUAACCAUGGAAUAUAAUGCAGAUUUAUUUUAACAACUUUUUUUUCCCCUUUGAAUCAUUGUCAUGCUCUUUUAAUGUGGACAUAUCUUUUAUAUUUUAAUUUAUUAUCUAUUGCUAUGAUAGAUUUUAUCGGAUGCUGGAAAAAUACUUGUCAAUGACCCCUUAGAAUUAUAUACAGUUAUUAUAGAGAAUUUGCACAAUAAUUACCUCAUUCAGUUUGGUGUAUUUUUAUUCCAGUGAUCAUUUUAUUCUGAUGUUUAGGACACAGUCUUCUAUCCAAAUUGCUUCUCAGACUUCAGUCUGGGAUGGAACAUGAAAGUGCAUAAGUCCAUUAAAUGCAAUUAAUCUAUUCUAUCACAGGGGGAAAAAAAUACCAACUUCAAUGUUGAAAAGUGGAUUGAUAACCAGUAACAUUUGUUCCCAACUUGGAAACACCAGCAUUUGCAAUUUGAAGGUCUGUGUAAUUUGUGAUUUAAACUGAACACAUUUCAAAUACCGUACAAAAACUAUGAGUAAAGACUUGUUUUUUUAAGAUGCUGAUACUUUAUGUGAUAAAUAAAGCCUUUAAACAUAGGUUUUCACUCAAUGCCACCACAGUACAUAGAUGAAAACCAAAACAUUGUCAGAAUGACCUGAGCUCUGAUCCGUUGUAGUGUCUGAUGUUGUACUUAGUAAAUGUAUGCACCAUAAAAACUGUAGCCUAAUAGCUAUCACUGGAAAAUGUCCAAAUAAAAAUACAACACUAAGA